UGCUUGCUUUACCCAUCUAAAAACGCUCUCCCUGUUUAGCAUGCUCGCGGACAGCUGAUAAAUUCGCGGACAGCUAAUGAUACUUAUGGAUGUCUUACUUACUUACUAGCUCGGACAUGUACUCGUAUAAUAUUAUUAUCUAAAAUAUUUCCUCUGACGGAUUUGUGGCAAUCGUGAACUUUGCUUUAAUCCGUAUUAGAUCGUUUUUCACCAUUUUUUCAAAAGCUCCUCUAUCGUUCUAAACGUUAAAGACAGUGACUGCUUUGUUCCUUAAUAUAUUAUUUUUAAAUUAUUGAUUAUUUUGCCGAAGAGUUCUUUCCGCUCUUUUUAGAGAAUUCUGGGAUGCAAGACAUUUCCAGCAUUAGGCAAAUGAAUAGAUUUAUUUCCUGUGUGUUCUUAAAAUAUUUUCAUCAUCUCCAUUGUCAAGAUUGCCUACAGCAGUAGAAGCGCAUUCGGCCUUUCUUGAGCAGCACUCUAAAUGGUAACUGGUCUUGAAUAGGAGAAAUGCCAGACGUUUUUCUCUUGAUUCCAUACUAUUUAUUUUGCCCAUUUGCGUUUCCGCUCGAUUUCCCAGUGUUAUCCGCUAUUUAAAUGUCCAUGCAAUCGGAACGAAAAGAUUCUCAAAAGUUAACCUAAUCUGCACGAUCACGCUACACGGGUCAGGAUGUGGCAGAGGCCCAAAUUUUUCCCUUUGACAUAAAAAAUUGGCCUUGGCGGUGUUCGCUUUGGGCAGCGAGCGGACCAUUUCCGUUUUGGAUUUGAUUUAGGAGUUUAUUCGUUGUGAGUGCGGCGGUUUAUUGUUAUCGGAUUUGUGUUACUGGUAUCUACUGCCAAAUUUUAUCCGAAAAUGGGAUGUUUCGGAUGUCUGAAAUAUAUUCUCGUUAUUUUCUCUAUUUUAUACAUAUUUAUUGGUUUGGGAUUACUGGCUGUGGCGUUAUGGAUGCGAUUCGAUUAUCUCAAAGAAGAGGAGCAGUCAUUCAAUCCGGGCACGGAUUACUUUGAUAUUGCGCUAUACAUUGCCAUGUCCAUUGGAUGCUUCCUCGUUUUGCUGGGUAUUAUGGGCUGCGUGGGAGCAUUACGGAUUAGUUUAUGUCUGCUGGGAAAUUUUGCCGUGAUGAUUGUAGCUGCAAUCGGCGGCUUAAUUGCCGUUGCGGUCCUAUCCUACACAUAUCAAGAUGAAGUUAUGAAAAUAACGGACCGGAUGAUUCGCGAUCUGGUUAUGAUGUAUGGGACCACUCGUGCGGGCGGUCGAUCGGUCACGAUGGAUUUGAUCCAGCAGACGAUGAAGUGUUGCGGAGUGAAUUCCUACAUGGACUGGACGCAAUUGCCAGCAGCUAUAAAAGCCAUCCCCGUUUCCUGCUGUCGAGAUAUGGCAAUAUGCAAUCCCAACUUCUUCGUACCAACCGGUACGAAUUUUGGAGGGGCGACACCAAAUAAUUACGUUCCAAUGGAGAACCUUCAAAUACUACGAGACCAGCUGUUUUCGCAAGGAUGUGCCGACAAAAUACGGAGUGGCUACGCUGAGGCGAUGAAGGUUAUCGUGGGGCUUUCAGGUGGCAUUGCCGGUUUCAUGCUACUGGGUUUCAUAUUUUGUGUGGCAUUUUGUUGUGUGAUGUGAAGCCAAUCGUGGCGGAUGAUCAUGAUGGCGUUGAUUGAUGUCUGCAUUUGCCCGGUGCAGAAUUCUCUCUGUUUCCCACGAAAGAAAUCUGACACAACACAACUUUCAGCUUCGUUGGCGGUCAAUGGACUGGAACGACAAAUCCGAACGGUGGCAAAAGAUGAUUUUUCUUCUCAAACCGAACGGGACCUUCUUUUUCUUGAUCCCUUGUAAUUUUUUUCAGUUGUGAAUCUCGGCUUCUUGUCGAGCUGUCUCCUGUUUUUUUUUCAGCAAAGUGUUCUCGGUGUUGUGAAGUUGGUCCUUUGUAUUUUUUUAUGUGCCCAAAGUUUUAACGGAAAAUUUUUAUUUUCGGGAAAUCUCUAAUUCACCUUGAGCUGAUAUAUUUUCUUUUUUCUUCGUUAUUGAGACAGGAAUUUGUUUUAUGUGCCAAAUAAUUUGCUAAGGCGAAUAUUUGGCCUUUUUGAGUGUAAACUAUGCAGUACUGUACUUACUUCUGGAAAUGCGCUUUUUAAUCUUAACUGGCUGGUUGUAAUGCGAUUUCCGUCCUAAUUGGCACAAUUGACACCGAUAUUUGCCUUAGCUUGUCGAGAUAAAUUUUCUUAUCACAAUGGCAAGUGAAAGAAUAUGUGGCGUGCAAAUAAACUGAAAUAACA